UGUCAAUGUCAAAGUUUUACGCGAAAUUUAAAUAAAAAAAAAUAGGUUAUAAUAAUUUAAGAACAAUAUCAUGAGCAAUAAUAUUUAUAAGCCAAUUUGAAUUGUGUGUGUGAAGAAAAAUGUACCAGUCUUUAAUCUAGUACGCUUACAAUUAGUUCCUGCAAAGUUAUAUUACAAGUCGGCUUAUUACAUAAAAAUGUUCUUAAGGAGGAUUUUCAUUUCGAAAAUUAAUAAUUGUAGACACCUUAAACUUCUGGGACAAUCCAGUAGUGUUAAUUACAAUGUAAAACAUGAGAACUAUAGCAGUAUACCUUAUAACCAAAAUGUUUGUACGAAUAAAAGCAACAGGAUACAAAGACAGAGGCCUACAACAUACUCAUAUCUGGUGCAUGCUAAAUAUUACUCCAAGCACCUUAGUGAUAGUUUAUUAAACGAACAGAAGGCGCCAGAGGACAAAGAGCUAAACAAAAUACGCGAAUUAUUCUCUCAACCAAGAGUAACACUUAACGAACUAGCAAGCAAAACUCCGGAUAAGAUAUUCGACAUCUAUUAUAAACAGGCCACUGUUGCACCGAAGGGAAGUAAAAAGAAAGUUCAGCAGAAUGACUGGACUUGUACUUAUACAUUUGUUUGGCCUGAAAAAGCAAAGUUUGAAGGUACGGCUAUAUCAAAACGACAAGCCGCAGAAAAAUCAGCAGUGCAAGCGCUUCACUGGCUCUACAUAAACAGACGGAUAAACAACAAGGGUGAACCCAUAUAUGAUAGAGAAGUUCUGGAUGACUUGAAGAGCACAUUAAAUAAUCCAAUCGAAGCAUCCAUCAGUGAUAAGUCAAUGCAGGCAGUGAAAAAAGUUUGGGACCAAUAUGAGAAUGGAAUUAAGUCAAUAUAUGAGACAACUUUCGAUGAAGCGAAACAGAGGAGUUAUAAUUUCCCAAUUAGUGUACAAAAGGACUCCACAUUAGAUGAAAAUGAUGGUUCUGAAGAUCUAAGUAUAGAUAAUGAACAGGAUGUCCUAUCAGAUUUCAAAAAACACGUGCAUCCCGUGUUCGGAAAAACACUUGAGCGGCCAUCUUCUACCGCUUUGGCGAGGCGAGAGAGAAAUUUGGAGAAAAUAUUCCAAAAUUACGACGAAUCUCUUACUCCAUUGCCGAUAGAUCAAUAUGCUGAACAAAUAGCAACCACGCUACGUAACUCGCGCGUCGUUGUCAUAGUCGGUGCGGCUGGUUGUGGCAAGUCCACUCGGGUACCGGCUGCCAUUUUGAGGGAUUGUGGUGUUGGCACCACGGCCCUGGUGUCGGAGCCGCGGAGGGUUGCGGCUAUCGGCCUCGCGCAGAGGGUGGCUGAUGAAUUGGGGGAGGGGGUUGGUGAAACAGUAGGCUAUCAAGUGCGUCUGCAAUCGAAACCGCCGCGGCCGCCCGCCGGCGCCAUCUUAUAUUGCACUUCUGGUGUGCUGCUGCGGAGAUUGCAGAUGAAUCCAGGUCUCGAAGGCUGCAGCCACGUGAUGAUAGACGAGGCGCACGAGAGGGACGUGAACACCGACAUCACUCUGUUGUUGUUGAAACGCGCUCUAAACAUCAACAGGCACCUGAAGAUUGUUGUUAUGAGCGCUACGUUGGAUAUUGGUGUGUUUACGAGGUAUUUCGGGGAUUGCCCGUUAGUCGAGGUGCCGGGACGUACCUACCCUGUGGAAGAUCUAUAUCUAGACCACCUGGAGAAGAGUUUCAAUCUGAAGUUUAAGAGUACCAAAGAGAAUUGUACCAAGGAGGAUGGUAAGCCGCAAAUUAAUUGUCAAGAGGUUGUAGAGUUGAUCACAGCCAUAGACAAAACAAGGCAAGAAGGUGCUAUACUAGUUUUCCUCCCGGGUUGGGCUGAAAUCAAACAAACCAAGCAGCUAUUGGACGAAGUAUACAAGGAUGGAUUGCAUCUUAUUCUGCCUAUUCAUUCCCGACUGUCGACGCAGGAUCAGACGCGCAUGUUCAACCGGCCGCCGGCCGGCGUGCGCAAGAUCGUCCUCUCGACUAAUAUAGCGGAAACGUCUGUGACGAUACCGGAUGUGGUUCACGUCGUCGACACCGGGGCGCACAAGGAGAACCGAGUGCGCCCGGGCACUGGCACAGCUAGUCUAGACACGACUUUCGCCUGGGCUUUUCCCGGAUUCUGCUACAAAAUGUAUACAAAGGAGAAGGAAUCGGAAUUCCCGCCGCACUCGACGCCAGAAAUACUGCGAAUACCGCUAGAGCAAACAGUGCUAGACUGCAAGACGUACGCGCCUAACGAGAGUGUGGAAAGCUUUCUAUCCGAAUUGCCGCAACCGCCUCGAAAAGAGGCCGUCCGGUACGCUGUAACGGACCUCGUCGAUAUAGGUGCCCUAUCAAAAUCGGAACAACUGACGCGUCUGGGCACGCUAGUGGCGCAGUUGAACGUGCCGCCGCGUUUGGCACGCGGCGUCUUGCACGCCGCGAUUGUUGGCAACGUCGUGGCGGCUUGCAACAUGUUAGCCCACUGCGCUGAUAAUAUCGAGGUGUUCAACAACGCUGGUGAUAGGAAGGAAGAGAUACGCAAUAUAAAACGCAAGCACAGCAAAACGUCCGAUCACGCGGCGCUGCACUGGAUACAGGAGGAGUUCGAGCAGCAGCUGGAUGACGUCGGAUGGAGGAGCGUGGAUGGAUGGUGCGACAAGUAUGGGCUGAGGAAGGACAGGCUGUCGUUUGUUAAAUCCCUAUCGAACCUGCACUUAGGGCAGAUACUUAAGUGCGGCAUCCUAGAGGCCAGUCCGGAUGCGGAAGCGCUGAACCAAUUCACGAAUAUCGACGAGUACACGCCGGCCAUCUUGUUGUCUGGCACCAACGCGCUGCUGUUGACGAGGCGGCGGAUAAAGAUGACGUGCUGCGCGCUCCUGUUCAGUAUGGGGGAUGUUAUAAAGAAAGAAAACAAUGAAGAUAUUACAGAUUUGUAUCUGCCUAGGCACAGACUUACUAUCCAAGUACCAUCUAGUCAAGCAGAUAGCAUAGUGAAAGUGAAAGAAAUGCUAUGGAACACCUUCCAAUAUUACAUAGAGAGAGAUGUGAACAGCGUGUCUUAUGAGGAGUUCUCUCUCACAGCGGAGUUUAGGACGAAGCUCAUGAAAGUCGUCGGCAGGAUUCUGGUUGAAGCGAACGAGGAAUAUGUAGAAAAAUAUAUACAAGAUAGCGAUUUUAGAUGAUUAAAUGUU